GCUGCCCCGGGGAAGAGUGUGAGUAGGCAGGACUGUAUGUGCAGGAGCGGUGGGAUGAGGAAGACAACCUGGUGCCGGUACAAUGAGGUACAGAGAGCAGUAGAGUGAGGAGAUCAGAGAUGUGCAGCAGAUGGUGACCCCAGAAUCUUUACACAGCAGCAGGACUAUCCCGAGGAUGCACUGGGUUGUUUUGCCCUGUUUGUGGCUGGGAUUGUUUCCUUCCUUGGUGCAGAGUUUGACUUUUGUAUAUCAUAAUACUAAAGACGUGGAAAACUUUCUGAAGAAUAUCACUGCACAGUACUCACAAAUUACCAAGCUCUACAGUAUUGGGAAGUCAGUUGAAGGCAGGGACCUGUGGGUUAUUGUUGUGGGAAAAUAUCCAGCUGAGCAUAAGAUUGGCAUUCCAGAAUUGAAGUAUGUUGCAAACAUGCAUGGUGAUGAGGUGGUGGGUCGAGAAAUGCUUCUUCAUCUUGUGGAACACCUAGUAACAAAUUAUCAGAUGGACCCAGUGAUCACAGAAUUAAUACACAAUACCAGGAUACACAUCAUGCCUUCCAUGAAUCCAGAUGGGUUUGAAUCAAGUAAUCCACACUGUGCAUUUUCAGAUGGCAGGUACAAUAAAAAUAAUUAUGACUUGAAUCGAAACUUCCCUGAUGCGUUUUCAACAACCGUUUCAACAAUACAACCAGAGACACAGGCAGUUAUGAAUUGGGUUAAGAGUGAGACAUUUGUCCUGUCUGCAAAUUUUCAUGGUGGAGCACUUGUUGCCAGCUACCCUUAUGAUAACAUUAAUUCAGAAACAAAUGCAAUCUCUCCAGACAAUGAUUUCUUCAUUCAUCUUGCAACAGUGUACGCCUCAAACCACGCAAACAUGUACCAGGGUAAUGCCUGUGGUUAUAGCUUUGCAGGAGGCAUCACCAAUGGAUAUACAUGGUACGCAGUGCAAGGUGGUAUGCAGGAUUAUAAUUACAUUUAUGGCCAGUGUUUUGAAAUUACUAUUGAAUUGUCAUGCUGCAAGUAUCCAGCUGCAUCAGAACUUCUACAGUUUUGGAUGGAUAAUAAAGUUUCUCUAAUUGAAUACAUGAAGCAAGUUCACAUGGGAAUAAAGGGUCAAGUGUUAGAUACAUCUGGUAACCCAAUCUCCAAUGCAAUAGUAGAAGUAAAAGGAAGGAGACACAUCGUUCCAUACAAAACCAAUAAAUAUGGAGAGUAUUUUCUACUCCUGCUGCCUGGAUCAUACACAUUAAAUGUCACAGUUCAAGGGGGCUCAUCCAUAUUAAGGACCUUUAUCAUACCAGCAAGAACAAACUUUUCUGCUCUAACAUAUGAUUUCAUCUACACUGUCAAGAGCACCAACAGCAGUGAACCGCAAGGAAAUAGUAGCAGUGCACGUGAAGCAUGCAUUGUACAGCUUCUACUAAGCACUGCCCUGAUGCUCCUUUUAUGUUUUUAACAAAACUGGAACUUGGGAAAAUAUAGUAAAAGUGUCAGAUCAAUUCACCGUAUCAUAAAAAUCAUGUAACUGGCUGAUCUGGCCAUGCCAACAAUACGUUUAUUACAGAAAAUAAAAACAUUUUUUUAAAUAUAUUUUACAUUGGGUUCCAUAUCAGUCCAUCAGUAUUUUAUUUACAUGUUAAAAACAUCAAAUCCAAGUGAUUUUCUUUUAUUUAUUUUUUAAGCCAAGCAAAUCCUUUAGAAAAACUGCAGUUUGAACUAUUAAAACAGUUUGAAUUGUGUAUAUGAUAAAAACAUGAAAAUAUGAGACAGGCUUUUCAAUGUGGGUGAGGUUUGCAUGGGUUUGCCCAGACCUUUAUGGAAGAAAAACACACACGACCAAAGCGAAAAACGUUAGCACUUAUUGAUUCUGUAAAAAUGAUGACAGCAAAAUGUUUGAAUACCAGUGAUAUCAGUUCAUGACAUGUAUGUAUUAAACAAUUUCACUUAAUGAUUGUAAUAAUUAAUGAACAUUCCAAAAGUCAUAUUUUAAUUGUGUUCAAGUUUCAUAGUAUAAAAAGGUGAUUUGAGCUAGAUGCUUUUAGCUUUUUUUUAAUAAGCCAAUAAACAAUGGUGUUUAGUAACGUGCAAACUGAGCAUAGGAAAAUAAGUUUUUAACAUAUUAUAAAAAUGAACAUUUUAAAAAUACUUUUAUAAAAUUAAGUGCAAAGAGCCAUAAAAUGCACUUGAAAAAGGACUAAAUGUUUUUUUCAAGGCAGCUGAAUUAAUCUAUAUUGAUAAAAUGUGUUAUCUGGUGGUUUGAAAUAGCACUGCUGAAUAGUUCCCAUACAAGAGAAGUGUUACAAAUGCAUUUGAAAAGCUAGUGAUUACUAAGUUAUUGUGGUCUUUUCUAAUAGACUGGUGUGACCUUACAGUUUUAAAGGGCCAUUAUAGUAGAAAAUGACAUGCUGUAAUAUGUCAUUUUAAGACUAUCGACCAUGCAGUACUAUGCAUUUAACCCCCUGCAAAGGGUUCAACACAUAGUAUAUGUGCUGCUCAGGACCUGCAGAGCACUGCAGGUCCCAAGUGGAAAAUGCUGCUGAGUUGUGCAACUAGCACUGCUGAUUGGAUCAGCAGCGAAUUCUGCUAGGGACCAGCAGUGCUUAAUGGGGCCCUAGCGGCACUUCUACUGUGUGUUUAACCCCUUCACAGAGGAUAAAUACAUAGUACUGCACGGUCUAUAGUCUUAAAAUGACAUGCUGUAACAGAUUAGAGCAUGUAAUAUUCUACUAUAAUGGCCCUUUAAAUCCUGCAAGCAAUUCUGAUGGUUUAGUAUGGGUCGACUACUAUUAAUCUGUUGCAUAUUUUAUUCUGACUACUAGUAAUCUAUGUUUUUGUUCUUAGCAAACCUUUCAUAUGAUCAUUACAACACUGCAAUAAUAAUUCAUUAUCGACACAUUUUUCAUAAAACCUGAAUUAUUUAAACUCCUAUGAAAAAAUCCAAUAUUAAAUAUAUCCCAGCAUUUGGUUACAAUCUUAUUUUUUUUUUAUUCAGUUACCUAUAUAACAAUUGUUAUAUUUCCUUAUUUAAGCUUUCCUGCAAGCUGCAGAUUUCUGGCCACAAAUAAUAAGUUUGUUACCUUUCCAUCUUUAUUUCACUUUGUACAAAUUGUACUUGGUUUUACAGAUAAGCAAAACAUAAAGGGACCUGAACCCCCAAAUUGUUCCUUUAUCAUUCAGACAAAGCUUACAAUUUAAAAAAAAUAAAAUUCAAUUUUCUUCUCUUAUCAAA